GAAAUGAGAGGUAGUAUUAGCGUGAGCUAGGGAGAGGAAAAAGAGGCAUAGAUGGAGGGAGGAGGGGUUUAAUCAUGCCUGGAUUAUGGUGUUGAUAGUAUAAACUGGUCGGAGAGCAAGAAAGAGAGAGAGAGAGUAAGUCCCAACAGCCCACCCAUCCAUCACUCCAUCCCAGACUGUUGUCAUCUCUCUACUCAGUGAUUUUUAGAUCCAUCAGGAUGUGGGGUUAAAAAACUCAGCACAAAGUAUAGUCUUCCUUGGAUGAGCGGGGUGCUGUAGUGAUGGGAAGAGCAUGACAUGGAGAUGGAGGUUUAGGUGGAUGGAGUGUUGUGACUGCUCGUGUGGAGAUGCGACCUCACCAAGUGUAUUCUGGGAUAUUAUUUUUUCUUUAUGAUGAUGUCAUGGAUGGCUCUAUUGCAUCUCUUGAGCAGAGGACUUCUUAAAGAAGAGAUGGACGCAAACACUGGCGAUGCCGGACAGCGGCGCAGAAAUGGGCCACGGCGAGCGAGGCUGACGAUGCUCCCGUGGAUUAUCCUAUGCAGUUCGCUGUGGCUAAUGGUCGACGGCCAGAUGAAGAUCUCACCAGAGAUUGUGCAGAAGUGGGCUGAGUCCUUCGGCAAAGAGAUAGCGUCCCUCUCCACCAAAUACUCCGGAGCUCAACUACUUCAAAAAAAAUAUAAGGAUGUGGAGGGUGUGUUGAAGAUUGAGGAGGUGGACGGGGAGGAGCUGGUCAAGAAGUUUGCAGAGGAGAUGGAGAAGAUGCUUGGAAGGAAGAUGAAGUCUGUUAAGAGAUUAGCAGAAGCAGCCGAGGAUGCUGAUCUUUACCACGAGUACAAUGAAACGCUGGAGUUUGAAUACUACAACUCCAUGCUGAUCAACACGGUGGACGUGGAUGGCAACCCACGGCCUCUGGGAGGAGAAUUCCCGCUGGAAAAAAACGAACACUUCAGCAAACUGCCGGUCAACACGCAGCAGAGUAACAUCCAAGUGCCCACGAAUGUCUACAACAGAGAUACAGACAUCCUAAAUGGCGCGUACAUGUCGGAGGCUCUCAAUGAUGUCUUCAUAGACAACUUCCAGAAGGAUCCCACCCUCACCUGGCAGUACUUUGGCAGCUCCUCAGGCUUCUUCAGGCUCUACCCGGGGAUCCAGUGGAUCCCGGAUGAGAAUGGGGUCGUCACAUUUGAUUGCAGAAACAGGAACUGGUACAUCCAGGCAGCCACCUCCCCUAAAGAUGUGGUCAUUGUGGUGGAUGUGAGCGGCAGCAUGAAGGGGCUCAGACUCACCAUAGCCAAACACACCAUCAACACAAUACUGGACACGCUGGGGGAGAACGACUUUGUCAACAUCAUAGCUUAUAGUGACUACGUUCGAUACUUGGAACCGUGCUUCAAGGGAAUUUUAGUCCAAGCCGAUCUGGAUAACAGAGAGCACUUCAAGCUCCUGAUUGACGAAAUGCACGUCAAAGGAGAGGGCAAAGUAAAGAAUGCAAUGAAGGAGUCAUUCCAGAUCCUCAAUGAGGCUGCCGGGCUGGGCCAGGGCAGCCUGUGCAACCAGGUCAUCAUGCUGAUAACAGACGGUGCCAUGGAGGACUUCCAGGAGGUUUUUGAAGAGUUCAACUGGCCAGAACGGCGGGUUCGGGUGUUCACUUAUCUCAUUGGACGUGAAAUGACAUUCGCUGAAAAUGUCAAAUGGAUUGCCUGUAAUAACAAGGGUUAUUACACACACAUUUCGACGCUGGCCGACGUCCAAGAAAACGUCAUGGAAUACCUGCAUGUUCUCAGUCGGCCCAUGGUCAUCAACCACGACCAUGACAUUAUAUGGACGGAGGCCUACAUGGACAGCCUGCUGUUCAACAGUCAAGCCCAGAGUUUGCUUCUGAUGACGUCAGUUGCAAUGCCUGUGUUCAGCAAGAAAAAAGAGACGUUGUCUCAUGGAAUUUUGCUGGGAGUUGUCGGAACUGACGUCGCCCUGAAAGAACUAAUGAGAUUAGCGCCGAGAUACAAGCUGGGUGUCCACGGUUAUGCUUAUCUCAUCACAAACAAUGGCUACAUCUUGUCUCAUCCUGACCUCCGUCCUCUGUACAAGGAAGGAAAGAAGCUGAAGCCCAAACCCAACUAUAACAGCGUCGACUUGUUGGAGGUGGAAUGGGAAGACACCGAGGAGAAGCUCAGGACAGCCAUGGUCAAGGGAGAAACCGGUACCUUGUCCUUAGACGUGAGGACUUCAGUAGAUAAGGGCAAACGAGUGAUGUUCCUCAAGAAUGAUUACUUCUACACCAGCAUCAAUGAGACACCUUUCAGUCUUGGCAUUGUGCUGACAAGAGGAUAUGGGCAGUAUAUAUUCAUUGGAAAUGUCUCUGUGGAGGAAGGUCUCCAUGAUUUACUGGCUCCCGAUUUGACCAUUGCCAGUGAAUGGACCUACUGUGAGACCGACAUUGACCCAGCACAUCGUAAACUGAGCCAGCUGCAGGCCGUAGUCAGAUACCUGACGGGUAAAGAAUCCGAUCUGAAGUGUGAUGUGCAGCUCAUGCAGCAAACCUUAUUCGACGCAGUGGUGACGGCUCCAUUGGAAGCUUACUGGACCGCCCUCAUGCUCAACCCGUCAGGUAUGGAUGACGGCAUUGAAACAGCUUUCCUGGGCACACGUUCCGGCCUGAUGAGAUUCCAGCGUUACACUGGCAUUGAGAAGCGAGUUGGCAUGUCGUUCCUGACAUCCACCGAUAAGGAGAACAUGUUCACGCUGGACCACUUCCCGCUGUGGUUCCGCAGGGCGGCCGAGUACCCCGCUGGACAGUUCCUGUAUUACAUGCCGCGACAGGAGACCCGAGACGUGUUCAGGGAGUAUGAGGCUGACUAUAGCGCCACCUUGAGUGCAGAGGAGACGGAGCAGCAAGCUGAGGAGGGAGGGGAAAAACGGGGGGAGGAGGAGGAGGAUGAGGAGGCGGGGAGAAUCGUGAUCGCCACCACUGCCAUUACGGUGACCGUAGGCAAGAAGACCGCCAUCGCCGGAGCCAUUGGUGUCCAAAUGACUCUGGAGGUGAUGGAAUCCAGGUUUUGGGCCAUUGCCUCACAGCCAAACGACACUGAUUGCUCUGACGUGGAGGGAGUUUGUCCUCUUCGCUGUGACAGCUUUGAUAUGGAGUGCUACGUGAUUGACAAUAAUGGCUUUGUCCUCAUUUCCAAACAGCGCGCUGACGCCGGAAGGUUCUUUGGCGAGGUUGACGGCUCGGUCAUGACGACGCUCAUCAGAAUGGGCAUGUUCAAAAGGGUGUCUCUGUUUGACUACCAGGCUAUGUGUAAGAUGAACGUACACUCCAUCAGCAGCGCCCGGCCAAUUCUCAGCUCGUUCUACGCGUUGGCAUCCACCCUCAAGUGGUUCCUCUCCAACUUCCUACUGUUUCUCCUUGAGUUUAAUGUCUGCGGAUUCUGGCACACGGAGCACUUUGCAGAUGCCUCCGUGCACAAGAAAAAGGGGGACGUCCUGCAGCCGUGCGACACCGAGUACCCCAGCUUUGUCUACGAGGCGUCAGUCAAAGAGACCAACAGCAUCAUUAAGUGUGGACACUGCCAGAAGAUGUUUGUGGUGCAACAGAUCCCGCAGAGCAACCUGCUGAUGUUGGUCGUGCAGGCUGACUGCGACUGCUCCAGGCAGUACUCGCCGAUCACCAUGGAGCCCGAGGAAGUCAAAUAUAUCUCCUCAGUAAAGUGCGAGCGGAUGCGGUCCCAGAAGAUCCGCAGACGUCCGGAGUCGUGCCACGCUUACCACCCUCAGGAGAAUGCAAACGACUGUGGGGGAGCUUCCGCCGCAUGUCUCUCUGCCUUCCUCCUCCUCGUUUGUCCCUCCUUUGCCUCGUUUCUCUCCCGAUGGUGACCCGAACGGUGCCACAAGUGGAUUUAUUUUGAUCCAUAGCACAACUCAAAGUCUAAUUUUUUUGGUCCUGACAACCUGACGAACUAUUCUCUCCUUUUGUCAAGUGGUGAAGAUUGGCAGUUGUUGCCAUGGAUACCACUCCAUUAGUGACUUUCUCUUCCACCACCUUGUAUCUCCAAAUGAAUGGGAGACUAAAGAGAGGCAGGUGGCUGCUGUGACUCACGCGGAUGAAUUAUGAAUCACGCGAGCGAAUGUAAUGGAGCCCGUGGGGAAAAAAAUAUUUUCUGAUUUACCUUCACGCCGAAUUGUAUGUGGUCAUGCCUAUCAUAUUGUGGAGCAUAGGGAAGAGCUUCGAUAUACUAAAUGGAAAGACACUGAUACUUAUAUAUCAGAUUGGAGUAAUUUUUUCAUACUUUAAAUCUUUAAAUAUUUCCAAAUAUAUCACUCAAGGCGGCACAGUGCAAAAGUGGUUCGCACAUCUGCCACACAGUUCCGAGCUUGAGGGUUCAAAUAUUGGCUUGCAUGAAUCUCUAUCCACAAAGUAGCACUGAAUUUUGCAAAGGUUGGUGACCCUUGACCUACAUUAUAACUAAAUAUUGAACAGACACCUGCAUCUGGAUGAAUGGAUUACCUAAACUGCGCUUUUUUUUGGUUUGUUUUUUAACUGCUCUAUGAGUCAAAUUGAGGUGAGUUAAACAAUGAUCAUUCAACAUAUGGACAAUGUCAUUUAAUUUAAAAAAGUCAAAAAGAACAUAUUCAUCAGUAUUGUUGCCUUCUGUGCAUUAAUAGUGUAAAUCUGACAUUAUAGGGUAUUUUUAUACACCACAAGUGUUUAGCUUUUCUGAACCAAGCAUGUUUACAUCAAAUUGCCUGACUGACCACCUUGUUAGACUCAUUCAUAAUGUGUGUGUAUUUGCAACUGUCAUGUAGAAAGCAGAAUUUCUCUUGUUUUUAUUUACAGUAUACAAUAUAGACCAUGUGCUUUAUGAUUGUGUCCAUAUUGCACAUUUGAUGAACAAAGCCAUGAUUAGGACAUUAAAGUAUCCAUUGUGUUUUUGUCUUGCUCUUGUGUUCUAAUGAUAUUUUGCCCCUGUUGUAAAAUAAAUACUACAGAAAAAAUGAAUAAAAUAAACUUGAACCAAAUCAACA